GGCGCCGAGGCACUAGUGCGCAAGCGCAGGCCCGCCCUCUCUGUCUGGAGCUGGAGAGGUGACGUCGGGCGCGAGCGUGGCUGCGGAGGCCGGGACGCGGCUCUUCUCCUAACAUGUCCUUGCACAAGUGCCAGGAAGAAUGGGAAGACCUGGAGAAGGAAUUCAGGCAGCUGCAGGAAACUCACAAAGUAUACAAACAAAAGUUGGAAGACCUUAACACUCUUCAAAGUGUGUGCACCGGCUACAUAAACAAGCAUAAGCGGCGCCUGGCGGAUUUGAAAAGUAGCUUGAAAAUACAUAAGCAAUCAGCAAGCCUUGGAGAAUCGGACCUCAUCCAACAAAUAGAUAGCACCAUAAAAGAGAGACACAAUGUGUUUUUUGACAUGGAGGCCUAUUUGCCAAAGAAAAAUGGUUUAUAUCUAAACCUCGUACUUGGAAAUGUGAAUGUCACACUACUUAGUAAUCAAGCAAAGUUUGCUUACAAGGAUGAAUAUGAAAAAUUCAAGCUUUACUUGACCAUUAUUUUGUUACUUGGAGCCAUAGCUUGUAGAUUUGUGCUUCAUUACAGAGUAACAGAUGAAGUGUUCAACUUUUUACUGGUCUGGUACUACUGCACACUCACCAUACGAGAAAGUAUCCUUAUAAGCAAUGGAUCAAGGAUAAAAGGCUGGUGGGUUUCUCACCACUAUGUAUCUACAUUUCUAUCUGGGGUGAUGCUAACAUGGCCUGAUGGACUCAUAUAUCGGAUGUUCCGCAAUCAGUUUCUUGCGUUUUCAAUAUAUCAAAGUUGCGUACAGUUUCUUCAAUAUUACUAUCAAAGUGGGUGUCUGUACAGAUUACGUGCACUAGGAGAGAGAAACCAUUUAGACCUUACAGUAGAAGGUUUUCAGUCUUGGAUGUGGAGAGGACUCACAUUUUUACUUCCCUUCCUCUUUUUUGGUCAUGUUGUUAUACAAGGGCUUUUUCCUUUUCUUUUCAUGAACACACAAAUAAUCCUGCAGACUGACAAAGCGUGGAGGCAAGCUUCUCUCCUUUCUUACUGAUAUCUAUCAUUUCUGUGUUAAGUGUUCCUUUAAGCUGCUUCUGUGCUCUCCUUCUGUGACAUGUUGACAUACAAAGGUUAGAGUUAAUUUACUGAUUUGAAAGUUUUUAGCACUAAGUAUUAGGGUGCAGUGGUUACACAGUUUACUAGAGGUGUCAAGCUCCCAACACGUCCACUAUGUUUGGAGAUGUUCUGGAUGUAAUAUACAAAAUCCCAGGGUACGGGACACUUUUGCAAACACAAAGAAAAUGCACUCACGUUUCCUUGUAUUUCUUAACCAUGUGGUAAUCUUUUAUUCUCUUUUCUGGCAUACAAAACGUAGAGAAUUAUUACAACUUUCAAAUUUUCAUAGCUGAAGUACCUCUAAACAUCAAAGACGCAUCAAUCCGACGCGCAACCUUUCUGGGUCCACCCCCUUACUCAUGCGUACUAGAUCCCUCACACCGAUCCUCCUAUGUAUGUCCUGACACACCUUUUCUCAGUCAGAUGGAGAUACAUUCCUAAAAAUAAAAGUUUCUCUCAGAUCUAAAACUAAAUAUUCAGUAAUUCACAGGUAUUAUAAAAAUGAUCCAAAAUUACAUCUCGUUCAAUCGGCUGCAACGUUUAGAGUUCUGUAAUCCAAAAUACUUCCCUUUGUAAAAGCCGUGUUUCUCCACAUUUAUUUACCUGCAUGUUGUAAGUUUUUGUUUCUAAGGUUUUACAUAUUACAGAUUUAUGUUCUGAAAUCAUGAUUUUUAUCAUUCUGCUCAUCUGCCUUACAUAUCCCAUUCUGCAUGGGCACUUUAAUAGGUAUAUUACAUUUUCACUUGUGCAUCUGUAAUAUCCCUUAACUGGAAUUGCAUGUCCUUAACUAUACCACUUCCUUGCAUGCAUGACAGGCAGGCAAAUGUGCAUAUUUUUUUUUUUUUUUUUUUACUGUGGCCAAAAAUCUCUGUUCACUUUUCUUUCUAAUGGCUAUAUCCCCUCUUACCAGUCUAUCUCCAAUUGUUUUCUCUUUUGUGUGUUGUCUGGCGUAGUGGAGGUUCACUAAAGACACCACCAUAUUUAGGGUCAGCCCUUAAUAUUCCCCAAUGUUUGUUCAUUACUAUAGGGCUAUGUCUGUCAUAUGUGCCUGUAUGUAUAGUGCGAUUGCACUUGCGUUUUUUCUUUUGGUUUUUGGGAUGUUCUGGAUGUACCUACUUAUGGCAUCGGUAUGAAAGGGAGGUAUGUGGCAUAACAGUAGAGGGCACAUUCACUGUUAUUGCUCCAUAUAGAAAAAGGAAAUG